CACAAGGGGUAUCCAGGACACGUUGUGAACGUGAAGCUUCAGUAGCCAAGCUGAUCAGGGGAGCAGCCUGACAGUUUAGCCCUGAGUGAUUGUGUGAAAUUGGAGAGAUUGUUGCUCUCACGUCUUUAGAGGCUGCAUGUUGUCAGGACCAGAGGCAGAUUUUUGGAGGUGUGUGCCUUUUUGUGAGGAGAUCCAGUAUGCUUUUGUCUGUCUGAUGAGAACCCUCAGUUAGAAAGGCAAGGGGAAAGAACUGAGAACAGAAGUGCUGAUCAGCUGCAUUGUACUAGUCUGGCACUUUUGUGGUGCUCCGAUGGAUCUGAGAAUGGAUUUUGUCCCAGGCACGCUCUGUCAGCUGCUAAUUGUAUUUUUAUGCAAUAUUUUGGCAACAGCAAAGGCAGAAAGCAAAUAUGAUUGUGAUGGCCAGCUGACAUCAUCUCUGCCUCAAUCCCAUUUUAGCAGUUCUUCAGAGCUAUCAAGCAGUCAUAGUGCUGGUUUUGCCAGGCUGAACAGAAGAGAUGGAGCUGGAGGGUGGUCUCCUCUUAGUUCUAAUAAGUACCAAUGGCUCCAGAUAGAUCUUGGAGAAAGAUCUGAAAUUACUGGAAUUGCAACACAGGGGAAAUAUGGAAGCUCAGACUGGGUUACAAGCUAUGUACUGAUGUUUAGUGACACUGGAAGGAACUGGAAACAGUAUCAUCAGGAAGAAAGCAUAUCGGAAUUUAUCGGGAAUACAAAUGCAGACAGUGUUGUGCACCAUAAACUUCAGAAUCAUAUUAUCGCAAGAUUCUUACGCAUUGCACCUGUAAACUGGAAUUCCUAUGGAAGGAUUGGAAUGAGAGUAGAAAUGUAUGGUUGUGCUUACAGAUCAGAUAUGGUUUAUCUUGAUGGUAAAAGCUCCAUCUUGUACCGAUUUCAGCAGAAAUUAAUGAGUACUGUGAAAGAUGUAAUUUCUCUCAAAUUUAAGACAAUGCAAAGUGAUGGAGUGUUGCUUCAUGGGGAUGGACAAAAUGGAGAUCAUAUUACACUACAGCUUAUUAAAGGACAACUUUCCUUAAUUAUUAAUUUAGGAAAUGCACAAUUUCAUCCUUCUACUCCUCAUGUUAAUGUGUCUCUGGGAAGCCUAUUAGAUGAUCAGCAAUGGCAUUCGGUUAUCAUCGAGCGUUUUAGCAGACAAGUCAAUUUUAGUGUUGACAGACAUGUGCUUCAUUUCUUCAUGAAGGGCGACACAUACCAUUUGGACAUUGAUUAUGAGCUUAGCUUUGGAGGAAUACCAUUAAAAGGAAAAUCGGUAUCAUUAUUGCAGAAGAAUUUUCAUGGGUGCUUUGAGAAUCUUUAUUAUAAUGGUGUGAACAUUAUUGACUUGGCAAAGAGAUACAAACCCCAGAUCUACAUUGUGGGAAACAUUUCCUAUUCUUGUGUGGAGCCUGAAACAGUCCCUGUUACAUUUCUAAAUUCUAACAGUUUUUUAGCUUUGCGUGGGUUACAACAAGAUGGAUUAGCUGUCCAUUUUCAGUUUCGUACCUGGAAUAAAGAUGGCACCUUAUUCUCUUACAAGCUUGGCCCUGAGUCUUUGGAUCUUGUAUUGUAUAUGACUGAUGGGAAGUUUAAAAUGAGCCUGUUUAAGCAUGGAAGAAGCCAGUCUAACACUGCUACAGGUUUUGAUUUGAAUAAUGGCCACUGGCAUUCUCUCUCUUUUGUGGGCAAAAGAAAUCGUCUCAUUGUAACCAUUGAUAACCAAGAGACUUUAUCACUUCAAACUGCUCUACCAAUUCAACUGGGAUCUGGGCAUUAUUAUUAUUUUGGAGGUUGUCCUGACAACAAUACUGACCAUGGAUGUUUUAGCCCUGUAAAGAGUUUUCUGGGAUGCGUGAAAUUAAUUUCUAUUGGUUCCAAUUUAAUAGACAUUAUUUCAAUACAGCAAGGAAAGUUUGGAAAUUUCACUGAUCUGCAAUUUGACAUCUGUGGCAUCAUAGACAGAUGUUUGCCAAACUACUGUGAACAUAGAGGUCAAUGUUCACAAACGUGGAAUGAUUUUUAUUGCAAUUGUUCAGAAACAGGAUAUACAGGAGCUACUUGCCAUUACUCUAUUUAUGAAAAAUCAUGUGAAGCAUACAAGCAUAAAGGAAAUACAUCUGGAUUCUUUUUAAUUGAUCCUGAUGGAAGUGGUCCCUUAGAACCAUUUGCUGUGUACUGUAAUAUGUUAGACACAGCAGUAACGGUUAUAAGUCACAAUAAUACAGAUAUGAACAAGGUCAAGAAUUCUAACAAAGAGAACCCACAUGUAAUGAACUUCAAAUACUUUGCUGAUCUGGCACAGCUCCAAGCAACCACUGACAAUGCAGAACACUGCAAGCAAGAACUUGCUUAUCAUUGUAAAAAAUCUCGGAUUCUACAUAAACAAAGUCACAUCCCUUACAGUUGGUGGGUAGGAAGAACUAAUGAAACACAGACGUACUGGAGUGGAUCUUCACCAGAUGUCAGUAAAUGUACAUGUGGGAUUGAAGAGAAUUGCAUUGAUUCCCAGCUUUACUGUAAUUGUGAUGCUGACAAAAGUGAAUGGUCAAAUGACACAGGCUUCCUUUCUUAUAAAGAUCAUCUCCCAGUUACAAAAAUUGUGAUUACAGACACAGAUCGCCCUCAGUCAGAAGCUGCUUAUAAACUUGGACCUCUUCUUUGCUGGGGAGAUAGAAGUUUUUGGAACUCAGCUUCCUUCAAUACAGUCUCAUCAUACCUUCACUUUCCUACUCUUCAUGGUGAAAUUAGUGCCGAUGUGUCCUUUUUCUUCAAAACCUCAUCACCAUCUGGAUUAUUUCUAGAAAAUCUGGGGAUUAAAGACUUUAUUCGAAUAGAAUUGCAAUCUCCAACAGAAGUGGUAUUUUCAUUUGAUGUGGGAAAUGGUCCCUUUGGGGUUACAGUACAGUCACCCAGUAAUUUAAAUGACAAUCAGUGGCACUUCAUAAAAGCAGAAAGGAAUAUAAAAGAAGCAUCCCUUCAAGUGGAUCAGCUGCCGCAGAAAACAAUUAUCACUCCUUCUGACGGGCAUAUCCGUUUGCAGCUCAACAGCCAGCUUUAUAUAGGUGGAACAGCAUCAAGACAGAAAGGAUUUUUAGGAUGCAUACGUUAUUUAACAUUAAAUGGAAUUGCCCUUGACUUGGAAGAAAGGGCUAAAGUGACCCCAGGAAUUAAACCAGGAUGUCCUGGACACUGCAGUAGCUAUGGGAACCUAUGUCACAAUGGAGGAAAAUGUGAAGAAAAGCACAAUGGAUUUUUAUGUGAUUGUAAUUCCUCUGCUUACGGAGGACCAUUUUGCAAGAAAGAGAUUUCAGCAUACUUUGGUGGUGGGUCUUCAGCAACAUUAACAUUUCCUGAAAAUUACACCAUAUCUAGAAACGCCAGCUGGUACUCUUCUGCUCAACACCCAGACACAAACAGUAGAGAAAACAUUGCAUUUAGUUUUCGAACUACUCAGUCACCGAGUUUAUUACUUUUUGUGAGCUCUUUCAAUAAGCAAUAUAUUUCCAUCAUCAUUGCAAAAAAUGGUAGUUUGCAGAUCAGAUACAAGUUAGAACAUCAUCUUGAUCCUGAUGUAUUUAAUAUCAAUACAAAGAACUUAGUUGAUGGACAUCUCCAGAAAGUGAGAAUUUUAAGAAAAGGAGAGACACUCUUUAUAGAGGUUAACCAGUAUACAGCUGUAAAAUUUAGUCUCACAUCAGUUACUGAAUUCAAAGCAGUUCAAUUUCUUAUCCUUGGUAAAAUAUUAGCAGAAAAUGAUGAGCUUGAUCUGGAGACAAUGAAAGCAAAUGCUAAUGGAUUCAUUGGAUGUCUAUCUUCAAUGCAUUUUAACCAUAUUUUUCCUUUGAAAACUGUUUUGUACCAUGAGAAAUCACCACAAGUAAUAACAACUGGUCACAUUACAGAAUCCAGCUGUGGUUCUGUAAAUGGUAUAGAUUCAGCAUCAAGUGAAUCAACUCAUACAUUUGCAGAUCAUUCAAGACCAAAAGAUGAAAGAGAACCCAUAGCUAAUGCAAUCAGAAGUGACUCUGCAGUGAUUGGGGGUGUGAUAUCUGUUGUGACAUUUAUCCUGCUAUGCAUUACUGCAAUAGCAAUACGGAUUUACCUGCAAAAGAACACAUACAAAAAAAAUGAAGCCAAAGCCUCAGAAAAUGAGGACAAUACAGACACAACGGCAGCACUGAAAACUGAGAUCAGUAUGCAAAACACAAUCAACGAGAGUCAAAAGGAAUAUUUUUUCUAAUAGACUCCCAUUGUCUAGCUGAACAAUGAGACACAGGGAAUUUCUUGCUAAGCAAGGGGCACUAGCAGAUCAACACAAUAUAAAUACUGUUCAUGCACUGCAAGCAAACAAUGGACUGGAGAUGUGUUAACUGGACAUAUAAUCAGUCAUAGUGAUGACUAGAAGAGGCCUCUAAAUUGUACAUGCAUUUCUUAGGUUUCAUAAAUGCAUUUUUCUGUGAAAGUAAUCCUGUAUUGUACACACUUUUAUUGUUGGUAGUUUCAGAUUGUUCUGAUGUGACUCUUUAAACAUGCAAAUUUCCAGUAUUUGAUAUAACGUUUAAUUACUGGACUGUUCUGAAGUUACGGCUUUUCAGUAUCUCUGUGGUUUGAAUUGUUUUGUUCAAGAUAAAAGCUGGACUGUAAUAUCCUAUUUCAAAAGACAAGGUUAUUUUGUGUUUUACAUUGUGAAGUUUAGUAGCUCAACAAGGAAAUCUGGCAAAUACUGCCACACAAAACAAAUGAAUCCAUGUACCUUAAUAUGAAAAAUGUGUGAAGGCAUAAAAUGUGUCACUUGUACAGAAAACUAGCAUGAAGAUCAAAGAUUUGAGCACAUUUUUAAUUUAUAAAAUAUUCUAUACAAAUCAUAUAUUAACAUGCUAUGACCAUAAUGUCAUUAUAAAAUUCCUACCCAAAGAUUAAAUCUUUGGAGUAGAUAUUUGUGAACACUACAUAGCUAACAAAAAUCCAAAAGAGGGCAGAUUUACAGGAGACGUAUUCACUGAGGCACUUCCAGAAGAAAAAUCACUAAGAUAAUGCAAUUUUUUUGUUUUAUAAAUUUCUGUUUUACAAUAAUGUAAUAUUUUGAAAGAAUGAGGAUUGGUGCAUUUUUGAUGUUAAGGAUAUUCUUACAAAAGAUUAAUCAGAUUACAGUAAAUGAAUUGAAAAAUAUUGUUAUGAAAAUGGUAUUUUAUUUGUAAAGAUUAUUUUUAUUUAUUAAACCCAUUAAUUACUUUU